GCUGCGUCCGCAACACCUCGGCCGGCUCCCGCCGCCAGCCCAGGCCGCGAUCCCGCCGCCCAGCCCAGCCCAGCCCAGCCAUGGCCGAAGGAGGCGGCGAGGGGGAGGACGAUGUGCAGUUUCUGCGGACGGAUGAUGAGGUUGUCCUUCAAUGUUCCGCCGUAGUCUUCAACGAACAGCUGAAGUUAUGUCUGGCUACCGAAGGCUUUGGAAAUCGACUAUGUUUUCUGGAACCUACCUCUAAUGCUCAGAAAGUCCCUCCUGAUCUGGCGAUAUGCUGCUUCGUUUUGGAACAAUCCUUGUCCGUACGAGCCCUGCAGGAAAUGCUGGCCAAUACAGUGGAAGCCGGUGUCGAGGGUGUUGACUUGGACAAGUGGUCCUCACAAGGUGGUGGACAUCGGACUCUGCUGUAUGGACACGCUAUUCUUCUCCGGCAUUCCCACAGCGGCAUGUAUUUAAGCUGCUUGACCACCUCGCGUUCCUUGACGGAUAAACUCGCCUUUGAUGUGGGCCUUCAAGAAGAUGCUUCAGCCGCCACCUACCCAGGGGAAGCGUGUUGGUGGACCAUCCACCCGGCCUCGAAGCAACGGUCAGAAGGGGAGAAGGUGCGCGUGGGGGACGACCUCAUCCUCGUCAGCGUCUCCUCUGAGCGCUAUCUGCACUUGUCCACCGCCAGUGGAGAACUUCAAGCCGAUGCCUCCUUCAUGCAAACCCUUUGGAACAUGAACCCCAUCAGUUCUGGCUGCGAGGAAGGUUGUGUGACGGGUGGCCAUGUCAUGCGCCUCUUUCACGGCCACAUGGACGAAUGCCUCACCAUCUCCACCACGGACCAGAAUGAAGAGCAGCGCAGGGUGGUGAACUAUGAAGGAGGCGCCGUCUGUUCCCAGGCCCGAUCCCUCUGGCGCCUGGAGCCCCUGCGCAUCAGCUGGAGCGGCAGCCACAUGAAGUGGGGUCAACCGUUUCGUGUCCGUCACGUCACCACGGGACGCUACUUGGCCCUGACUGAGGAGAAGGGGUUGGUUGUGGUUGACGCUGAGAAGGCGCACACCAAAGCAACAUCGUUUUGCUUCCGGGUCUCAAAGGAAAAGCUAGACGUGGCCCCAAAACGAGACGUGGAAGGCAUGGGCGCCCCGGAGAUCAAAUACGGAGAGUCCAUGUGCUUCGUGCAACAUGUGGACAGUGGUCUCUGGAUGACCUACGCAGCCGCCGACACCAAGGCGAUGCGUCUGGGUGUGCUCAAGAGAAGGGCUAUCUUGCAUCAGGAAGGGCAUAUGGACGAUGCCCUCUCGCUGACCCGCUGCCAGCACGAGCAAUCCCAAGCCGCCCGGAUGAUCUACAACACUUCGGGACUUUAUAACCAGUUCAUCAAAGGCCUGGACACCCUGCUCGGGAAGGCCAAGUCCAGCACUCCGGUGACUCUUCCCAUUGAAGGGAUGAUCCUCAGUUUGCAGGAUCUCAUCAACUACUUCCAGCACCCGGAGGAAGACCUCCAGCACGAAGAGAAGCAGACGAAGCUCCGUUCCCUAAAGAACAGGCAGAACCUCUUCCAGGAGGAGGUGAGCAAGUCAUACUGA